AGAGGACACCCCACUGGUCAUGUGCAAGGAGCACUGUUCGUCGUGCCUGCACAGCACUCCACAGCUGGGCUGGAGGAACUCACUCUCUCCAAGGACAGCAAGAGAACAGGAACUGUACGCUUUGAUACUCCCAAAAUGAACCACAGCAGCUGCAAUAUCACAGCCUAUGAAAUAUUUUCAGUUUUCCAGCUGUGUGUUUACAUCCCAGUUUUGGUUUUGGGCAUCGUGCUGAAUGUGUUGGCGCUGUGGGUGUUCUGUUGCAAACUUGGCAAAUGGACAGAAACCAGAGUAUACAUGGUCAACUUGGCUGUGGCUGACUGUUUGCUGCUCUUCACCUUGCCGUUCAAAACUCUGUCCCAGUUCCAGCACCUGAAGGUGGACGGGUGGUGCCUGGUUCUGGAAGGUGGCUAUUUCACAAACCGCUUUAUGAGCAUCGGUAUCAUCACCCUCAUUGCUGCUGACAGGUACCUUGCAAUCAAGUACCCUUUGAGAUCCAAGGCACUCAGGUCACCGCUGAAGGCAGCUUUUGCCUCUGGAUUCCUUUGGAUAGUCAUCAUCUGUGAAACUUCCCUCAUUAAAAGCUUUGAGGACCGAAGAGAGGAUGAGUUUUGCUUUGAAAAAUCUUCGGUGACACCCUCGGUGAUCACACUGUGUGCCAUUAUUGCAGGGUUUUUCAUACCGCUGCUCAUCUUGAGUUACUGCUCCAUAAAAAUCAUUGCAGAGCUCAGGAGAAAGAAGAUUGACAACUCUUGCAAUGAAAUGCUGACCAGGAAAGCUGUCUACAUUGUGUCUGCAAACAUGGCUGUGUUCAUCAUCUGCUUUUUACCUCUUUACCUCGGGCAUCUCCUCCGCUUUGUCCUGGACUCCAUCAGCUCCAACUGCUCGGCAAUACAGAGCAGCAACAACUUCGUUCACUUCGCCUCCAUCCUUGCCAACACAAACUGCUGCCUGGAUGCCAUUUGUUACUACUUUGUCAACAAGGAAUUUAAGGAAGCAUCUUCCAAGCUGGCAAAGUCCAAAUCUGAGGCCAGUGAAGAAGCUGCAAUUCAGCUCCCACGUGUAGCACAUUAA